GCAUUAUAGGCUACUUUUGCCUCGAGGAGAGCGUGUUGCCGCUGUGUCACGUGCUGGGUUCCUGGCUACUAUUUUUGCCCUCGGUCACGCCGACUCAGUCGUUGUGGCGCCGCAUGAGUCUCAAUUCAUAUAUUUGUUUCGGAUGCAAACGACUUGUACAACAUACGACAAAGACAUUUUGGGGCGACCCAAACUCGAGCGCCGCAACGGUAGCAGCAUUAAAUUGGCGGCAUAUUUACAGCAUCAAUACAAUUGCGAUAUUCAUUCUUCAUUACGACCAUUUACAGCAGGGAAGGAAAGUUCAGUACGCUCGACGUUCGGGAUUGAAUCAAGAGAUCGGAAUGACUUCACCACCUCGAUCAACAUACUUUGAAUCUAGGAGGACAUGCAAGCGAGGGGUCUACAAGCUGUGGGUAUGUCGUACAGAUCACAGACGUAUGACACCCAGCAGGGUCUUCCUAGACCCAGAGAUGCCACUGUGCCACGAGGGGCCACAUUACAGACCUCAAGGCAGCCCGGUUAUCAGGCGAGACCGACCCCUACUCGGACGGCCACAGAUUCGACUUUGCGAUCAAACUUCGUGAUGAUGGAUCAGACGCAAAGUGGCAGCGUUUUCUCUCGCCCGAGACUGACAGCAAUCCCUCGGUCGACAACCACGCCUCUAACGCGCAAGGUCACUGCUCCGAUUUCGAGUGUCUCUUCUAAUACAACAACGAAGAAGUUGGCAUCGGAUUGGAGUUCAUCGUCGCAAGAAGUCCCGCUUCUGAUGGAUCCUCCUCAAGUCCAGACUAGAGGGCUUCAUCGACUGCCUUCCGUACGUAAUGCACGGCCCUGGCAAUCUUCCAGCAGCGCCAUGACUUCUUUGGACGGUGAAAGUGAUGCCAUCUUCGGCAUAGUCAUGCCACCCAGCACUUCUGCCAGUCGACCAGCCGACCUCCCUCCUCGCCUUAUACCUGAGCUGCAGGCGCUUGCUGCUGCCUCUACCAGGCUUCCAGAAGCGAUAAAUAAGUCAGGCAGCUCGAUAAGCAGCCCUUCGACCUGGCCUUCUAACUCCACGAGCCCAUGGAGUGUAUCCACAACAACGACUCCCAUGUCAUGGUCAUCCGCUUCACCUAGUAUCGUGCAACAGACGCCUAUAAAGACGCUUGGGAAGAGAUCUCACGCCAUACCUGUGCGAAUGACCACACGGGAAGAGACACCAGAUGUACCGAUUGUCCCAGUGUCAUAUUCACUGCCCGCCGCCACCAUUGGAACCCCUAUUCCGAAGAGGCCUCCCGGCCAAAGAAGGACGCCGUUGGACACAGAGGCACCUACGCCUCCUUCACGUACCUCAUCUGCGAAACGGUCACUGAGCCGAAGCAGCAGUCGAAGUCACAGGCCCCAUCAGCCAACACCACCGUCGUCGGAAAUGGAGAGAAGUCCACUCACCAGGCGCACACGGAGACACGUAGAAAAUGUUGGCGACUCAAUUGGGCGGAAUCAUCUUGCACAUGCCCAUGGUCAGCUCCAACAGUCACUGGAGCAGUCGUCGUCAAAUCAGGCCUCGUCAGAGACUUCGUACUCUUUCGGCGAUGGUGAACGGUCGGUGCUCGCAGCGGCGCCUCAAGCUUUCGCAACAUCCAGCAGUGAUAUCCUCUCCAUGCCCUUUGACGAUACGAAAAGGAAGGGAGACCGCCGUCGCCUCGACAGCCGUGAUGACACCGCUGGAUCUUCAGUACCGGCCGUUCAGAGCUCACCCGGUCGUGUUGGGAAAUUUUCACGCCUCGCCAUUUUUGGCCGGAGAACAAAGUCUCCAGCAAAAGAUGUGGAAAGAAGUCCACGCAAACUUCAGCGCCGAGGCCCGGUCGCCGGUACCGGUCACGAGGGAUAUGGUAGAUACGGCAGGCGAGGACGGAAAUCCUCAGAAGAGAAUACUUCGGCGAACAGUAGCGAAAGCGAACGGUCUGUCAGCAGCACGAGAAGAACGCCAUUCUUCUCCACUAAAGGUGUCGUCCGUAGCAGCAGCCGCCAGAAACGUGGCAGUCAGUCGGAUCUUGACGAAUUCGCCGCUACUCGGAUGAGGCCCGUCCCAAUUGUGGGCGGCUCAGGGACCCAUAUGAGGAUUGGUUCUGGUGUUGGAAGCGAUGUUUCGAGCCGCACGAUUUCACCCCCAACCUCAGGCAUGAACGAGCUGGUCACACCUGAGCAGUCUCAGCAUUCUUUCAAUCGAUACGUUGUGGACCAUAGUCACACAUCGAGAGAAGACAUCUUGAAUCCAGGGAGAAGACCGACCUUGGCCGUUCGUCGGUCUCAACGCUUUGAGACAGGGACAGAAGCCUUCAGUAUGCCGACCCCCAUCCGAACAGAGCAAUUGUCAUCGCCUGUCUAUGUCACGAGUCAGAGCGAGGGCGGCAUUUCUGCCUUGGCGAUAUCUACGUCUACUCCCAGCACUACACCAGACUUCAGUCGUGGGGAUGAUGUCUACACUAGUAUAAAAGACAAAAAGUCACGCAAGCUGCGCUGGAACAUCUUCCGGAAGAAAGAAGCGGAAGUGAAGCCCGAGAGAACAGCCAUGCCUUCUUCUGCGUCACCCGAGGGGAUGGCGGUUGCCAUUUCUGCAAUUCCAUCAGCACGGCUAGCACCUUAUUAUGCUAUCAUUGAAUCUGAGAAUGAAGUCAAUACCAGUGGACGUCCCGGAGAUCUCUUGAUGGAAGUCGUCGAAUACCCCCAGACCAGCCCCCUCGUUAGGCCUUAUGAGACAGAGACUGCGGAUAUCGAAGAGAAGCAAGAAAGCUACUACGACGAAGUGUUCCUGCCUGCUGCUCCAUCUUCGCCACCUCACUUCUUUGUAAGAGCACCCAUAACGGUGCCAUUACACAGUCCUAACAGAGAGGCCUCCUUUCCGACCGAUCAAACGAGACAGAAAGCCCCGCGACUCGCUCGCAUAGGAAGGAUACCGCCCGUCGUAUCAAGGACAGAAAGAGAGCAUCAUCCCAGCCCUUCCUCAUUUUCACAGCCUUUUCCAAAAGUCCUUGUCCGGGAGACUACCAACGAGCCUUACGAAAUACCAGGCCUGGUACCAGUGGUCCAGAAUGAAGCCCGAAAAGGCUUCGUCCCGAGCCUAGACGGUGGCAAACCGCGAACCACCCCAGCUCCUGAGGCACCCGAGUUCUUGCGCUUCCCUUCGAGGCAGACCUCCGAAAGGUCCGCUUCCAGCAGCUCUGACGGCUUUCUGAGUAUCCUGAAACCUCCAUUGGCUUUGGGCAUUGUCGGUGGCAACCAUCCGGUGAGAGGCGUUCGACAGCCAGAUGCAUACGUGCCGCAAAGUCCCAUCCUCGAUGAGGUCUGGAAUGAGUAUGACGAUUUCAUUGAUCACGUCAUGUCACCCUCCGAGGCGAAAAGAAGUGCCAAAGGCGACACAGAGACAAUGACGGUGGACCAUUCCACUCAUCAAGGCCAAGUGAGGCUAUGGGAUAGGGAAGCGCUACGAUCACGGCUCGAAACCCCAGACAGAGGCCCAAGAAGACUCGCUGCAUCUUAUAUAAGACGACCCAUUGUAAAGGACCAAGGCAUGUUGCCCUCGACAGGAUCUUCCGUGGCACUUUCGCCUCCUCCAGGGUCUACCCACGAUGCAGAGCAAGACACUAGGCUAAGCCUGCCGGGAAUCUUUCCGGCUCUGCACUCCUCGACCGAACCUACAUCACCAUUUUCUUUCCGCGAUUUCCUAACCGAAUAUGAAAAUCAUCCAAGGAGCAGUCAACGUAUAUCUGGGCACAGAAGUACUUCGUCAGGUGGACGCUCAUUGGACCGCGUACAAAAAGCUGCACCAGAGAUGCAGACCGAGUCCCGUCAUCAAGAGAAUGUUGCUCUUCUCGAUGUUGUUGAGCGAGGCAAAGACCCAGUGGGGCAAUCUGAAUUACAUUACGCUUCUUUGAUGGUAGCCAAAUGGCUCUCGUUUGGCCGGGUACUCUUCUCUCCUGCCCAUGAUGAGGUUCAGAGGAUACCUGACCGACAUGUGCUGGUCAUCGACGGACUAGGCAACGAGGAUUGGUCUAUCUAUUGCGCCGUUGAAUACGAAGCACAGAGAGUAUUUGUGCAUGAUCUGAAAGAGAAGAUCAGCACCAAAAGAUCACUUCCAUCGCAGACAUCGCAGCACGCACCCAACAACCAUCGUCGAGCCGAAAUCUCUAGCUUUCAUGAGCGUUUUCCGUUCCAAUCUGCCUAUUUCUGUGCGGUUGUCGUUCGAUUUCCGCCAGCGAUGGCGGAGGCGAAAUUGAAGAAUCUCAUGGCAGAAUGCAGGAGGGUCUUGCAGCCUGGCGGCUAUAUUGAGCUCAUGCUCCUCGACCUGGACAUUGUCAACAUGGGCGUCCAAACUCGAAGAGCUGUUCGCGAGCUCAAAUUCAAGAUGACGACUGCGGACAAACACAUCAGCCUUAGGCCCAUCAUUGACAACGUUCAGAACGUCCUUGGGGCUCGAGGGUUUUCCAAUAUCAGUCGAUGCGUGGUGGGCGUACCGGUAGCCGGGCCCCCGUCUAAGCCGGGUGAUUCACCUUCGUCGUCACGUUCCAGCGGCGGAUCCGAUCCAUUUGCAGGACCUGGGUCAGGAGAUCAGCGACACGCAACGGCCUCUCCACGAAUGUCAUUCGGUCAGGGCCGCAGAGGAGCGAAUUUAUCUCUGAACGACCUCAUUGCCGACCAUUCAGACAAUGCUGACGCAAAGAUCGGAAAGAUCGUCUCUCGGAGUGCCAGGACGUGGUGGCAGCACUGCUUCGAGGCCAGUGUGAUAUCCAAUGGAAACCUGUCAACAAGCGUCUUUGCGAGCAAGAACGUUUUGGGCGAAUGCAGAAGCCGCGGUUCGAGUUUCAAAAUGCUUAUAGCGUAUGCCCAGCGCCCUGUUUUCGAAACGAGACGACGUACCAUGAGCGAGUCUGCUGUUUCUGCAAUGGCGACAGCAGGAGCACACAAGCAGAAACAGAUAACGGCGAGUGGAUCUAAUACAGCAUGAGGGCUUCCUGUUGAA